UCCCUCUCUCUCUCUCUCUCUCUCUCUCUCUCUCACAAUCAAUCAAUCUCUAUCCGAGACAAGAGACAAGAAACGAUUGAUGAUUUUUUUUCUGUAUUUUCAUAAUCUCUCCAGUGUUCUUCAAUCAAGGAGGGAAAUUUCUGUUAUCUUCUCCUCUAUUCUACAAUUGAUCGUGAAGAAAUGUACAGUGAGUAGCUCUGGUUGACUUUUUCCUAAAUUUAGCAUUCUUGAAUUGAAACUGUGGAGUAGUUCAAGUUCUUACAGUGGAUCCUUGAUUUUCCUGAUGAUUUCAUUGUUCGUUGAAGAAUUUGAUCUGUUUCUGUAUUCAAGACUCUGCUUGAUUUCUUGUUUCAUAUAGGUCCACGGAUUGCGAAACUGUAAAUAGUCACACGGAUUGCUUGAUUCGAUUCUGCAACAAUUUUUGGUUACUAAUUCAAAGUCUGUUGAUUUGGAUAAGGUAUUUAGUUAGAUUCAUGGUCAGCCUUAAUUUUCUUGUAUAACUAAGUGGAAAGAGUAGAUGGAGGAAAGUGACGAUAGAGAUUUCCAAGGAAAUUUCGUUAGGCAGACAUCUCUACGUCAAAACGGGAGCUUGAAAUCAGGGAAAUCAACUCCUAGGGGUUCUCCUUCGUUUAGAAAAUUACAUUUUAGUCGAACUCCUCGAAGAGAAGUUCGAAGUUGUGGAGUGUAUUUACGGUGGAUCGCAAGUAAUCCUUUGCUGUUAUGGUUAUUCUUAAUAGCUCUCUGGGCCUAUCUAGGGUUUCAUGUUCAGUCCAGAUGGGCUCAUGGUGAUGAUGAGGAAAAGAUGAUAGGUUAUGGAAGUAAAUCAAUUGGCAUUUACAACAUGGAACAGGAUCAUCAAUCAGAAAAUGCUUCUACUGGGAAUAAAGGGGAAGUGAAAAAUGUAUCUCAGCUUAAAAGAUUGGAUUUAUCUUUGGCCAAAAAUGGGAAUCACCUUCCAUCCCGUAGAAGGAAGAGUAAGGGAUCAACUGGGGGGCGAAGAUUGCGUGGUAAGAGACGUGGAAGACAAAAGGGUGUUGUAGAAGGUCGAACCAGCAGCUUUGAAGAGUGGGAAGUGGAAAUUCCUAAGAAAAAUACUUCAUACGGUUUGUUUGUUGGUCCCUUUGGGUCGACAGAGGAUAGAAUAUUGGGAUGGAACCCUGAAAAGCGAAGAAGUACCUGUGAUCGGAAGGGAGAGUUCGUGCAUCGCGUCUGGUCUAGAAAAUUUGUGUUGAUAUUCCAUGAGCUUUCAAUGACAGGGGCACCACUUUCAAUGAUGGAGUUGGCAACAGAGCUAAUGAGCUGUGGAGCCACAGUGUCUUCUGUGGUUCUUAGUAAGAAGGGUGGAUUGAUGGCAGAGCUUGCAAAGCGAAAGAUCAAAGUACUUGAGGACAAGGCAGAGCUGAGCUACAAAACUGCCAUGAAGGCAGAUCUUAUCAUUGCAGGAUCUGCUGUCUGUGCAUCGUGGAUCGAGCAAUAUCUCACGCAAUUUCCUGCUGGAUCAAAUCAAAUUGUUUGGUGGAUCAUGGAGAAUCGGUGGGAGUACUUUGAUCGAUCAAAGCUAAUGCUUAAUCAAGUAAAAAUGCUGAUGUUUCUUUCUGAAUCACAGUCUAAACAAUGGGUAGCAUGGUGUGAAGAUGAAGGCAUUAAGCUGAAGUCUCAGCCUGCUUUGGUUCCACUUUCUGUAAAUGAUGAACUGGCCUUUGUGGCAGGCAUUCCUUGCUCCCUAAAUACACCAUCAUUUAGUGUUGAGAAGAUGAUGGAGAAAAGGCAGCUGCUAAGAGAUACAGUUAGAAAGGGGAUGGGAUUAACAGAUAAUGAUAUGCUUGUGAUGUCUCUCAGUAGCAUCAACACUGGAAAGGGCCAACUAUUGCUCCUUGAGUCAGCCAGAUCAGUGGUAGGGCUAGACCUUUCUCUGGUAGAGUCAGGAAGCAAUGAUUUGAUCAAAAUAGGCCAAGGCCAUUCUUCCUUGCCUAUAGAGAAACCUUCAAGAGCUAUGUUUCAAAAUAAGCACCAGAUUAGCGAAUCCUCAAAUGGAUUAUACAGCUCUGACAAAUCUACUCUUACUUUAAAUGAAGCUGAGCAGAAAGGCUUGAGGUUACGGAUUCUCCACAUGCCCACCAAUUACACGAAUACUCUAUCCUCUGACAAUGAUGGCAAAAUGAGGAAAAUUUUGUCUGACAAAGAGGGAACUAAGAAACAGAAGCUUAAAGUUUUAAUUGGUUCUGUUGGAUCCAAGAGUAAUAAAGUGCCUUAUGUCAAAAGUAUGCUCAAAUUCUUGUCUCAACACUCAAACCUGUCAAAGUCAGUGCUAUGGACUCCAGCAACUACACGUGUUGCCUCACUCUAUGCUGCCGCAGAUGUUUACAUCAUAAACUCCCAGGGGCUUGGAGAAACAUUUGGAAGAGUGACGAUUGAAGCAAUGGCAUUCGGCCUUCCGGUUCUUGGUACAGAUGCUGGGGGGACAAAGGAGAUUGUAGAUCACAAUAUAACAGGACUUCUGCAUCCUAUCGGGCAUCAAGGUUCUAAAGUCCUUGCUCAGAAUAUCCAAUUGUUGCUUGAAAACCCAACAGUGAGGGAACAAAUGGCAAUCAAAGGAAGGAGGAAGGUGGAGAGUAUGUACUUGAAGCACCACAUGUACAAGAAACUUGCAGAUGUCCUACAGAAGUGCAUGAGAAUCAAAUAGGAGCUAGAGUUGAGGUUUUUCCUCCUAGUAUGUAAACCGUGAGGCUGGUGAAUACCAGUGUACAGCCUUUUAACUGUUCUGAUUCGCCAAUUUUUUAACUGGUUCUGUGAAUCAUACGGGAAAAGAAAAGAAAAAGGGAAAGUUGGGAAGUUUUCUUGAUUGA